AGUAUAAAGUGAUAGUGCACCAACUACUUACUUAGCUCUUUCGCGACAUGUAUAUAAUGAAAACCAAUACUACACUAGCUAGUACUAUAUAUCAACUAAUAAAACUUAACAAAAUAUAUAUUUAUAUAUAUAUAAUGAAAAAAACGAUGAAUAGAAAUAACAAUAGUCUAAUUAUUCUGAAGUUGAGUUGCAUAUGCAUAGUGGUGUUAUCAUGCAUGAGGACGCCGACGCACGCCGCGAGGUGCGUCCCGGCGGUCCUCUCGUGUGAGUCCAUGUACACCAUGGUGGGUACUUGCAUAGAAUUUCUGAAAGGCACCGGGAGUAAACCUCCAAAGCAGUGCUGCAAUGACCUCAAUCCGUCACUUAAGGCCAGCUCGUAUUCCACCCCUCAAUAAACAAUGUAAUCUCGGCCUUAAAUUCUCAAUCUCUGCCAACAUCAACUGUGAAAGGAUUUGAUAAUUAAAAUCAACAAGCUAGCAAUAUAUAGUGUGUCUGCAAUGUACUUUCAGCCAAGAUACACUACAACAAAAUAGGUAUUUAAUGGCUACAUGGAGGAGACAUUGUAGACAUUUAAUGUCUCCCCCUAGGGGAGACGUUGUUGCAAGAGUCAUCUAAAGUGGUCCUAUGAUGACUCACAUGGGGAGACUUUGUAGACAUUUAACGUCUCCCCCUGGGAGUCAUCAUAGGGUGUACGUUGUUAUACCCAGAUUUCGAGCCAUAGUAAAUAUGACCUCGAAAGCUGAGUUCGCAUUAAAUGGUCUCGUGAGGGUUAGGGUAUGCUCUAGGAUGGUAAAUCGAGCCUGCAAAGUAUGAUAUAUGAUCUCGAAUGUGGUGACCUCGAAAUGAUCUCGAUCUCGAAAGGUAGCUCUGAGAACACCCUCAUCUUCAGGAACUUCGGAGCAUGGGUCUUGAGCUCGAUGUACUAUCUCGAAAGCAAUGUUAGCUCGGGAGAUGUCAGUGGCUCGCACAAUGACAUGAAACCUGAGAUGCUGAAGCCUUGGAGAUACGCUACAACCUCCUUGAAUAUCUACAAGUAUUGUAAACAUGAGAUGUAAUCCUCAUUUAUUGAUGUAAAUCCCCAAGAAUCGUGGGAUAUUAUUUAGUCAGUUAUGCGUUUCCUGGUCUUCAGGGACGUUUCCUUUUUUAUCUGAUUAAAGGCAUUUAAAGCCAUUUAUUUUAUUCACAAAAGAGUAACUACCCAAAAUAUGUGGGAUAGUAUUCUGCAUCCUUCUCUAUAAAUAGAGAAGCCAUGCACCAUUGUAAUGGACCGAAAUUCUGAUCCUUGAGAGAAAACUCUGAACAAUUCAUGCUAAAGAAUUGUUCAGAGAUAAUCUUAAGAUUAAUAACAGAGACUCGUGGGCUAGGCAGAUUUAACUGCUGAACCACGUAAAAAACCGUGUGCUUGAUUUGUUUGUUCCGUUUGGCCAUCGUUAUUCAUUGUUUUUGUGCUCUUCUUUUAUCUGUUGAUGAAAAACGGCGUCAACAGUUUGGUGCUUUCAUUGAGAGCCUUAAGCACUCAUCCCUGAGAGAUUCAUGGCUGCAAACAAUCAGAACACUCCUGAAGAAAAUUACCCAAGGCGUCCUGGAAAACAACCAAUGGAGAACCCGGAUGCUGAUGAAAGAAGUGGGUCCUCUGAUUCCUGGGGACCACCUCCACAACCAAGGGAUGAGGACAUGUACUACAAUCCUGAACGUUAUGUUCCUAUUGUAGAACUAGAAAAUCGGCAACUGAAACAGCUGCUGGCAGAAGCCAACAAACAGAAUGAGGAGUUGACUAGGAUGGCCGCAGAGGCGUAGGUGGCUCAGCCCCCGCCUCCGCGCGAAAACCAAGUCCCUCCUCCGAGGGACGUGCAUGUUCCUCCCCGGAGGCCCCGUGGACGUCCAUGGAAAGAUGCUGCCACAAGGAGGCCGACUCAACCUCCGGCACUAGCAGAGCCAUCUACUCCUUCUAGGCCCCAGAGGAGUACCCGAGCUCGGGUCCCGCCUAAUCCACCUGUGGAAGUGCCUGCAGGAACUGAGAAUAAUCGAGCUCCUGCCGAGGCUCGGACUCAGGUUCCUGGUAGUGCACCGAAUGCGACUAACCCAUCUCGGGCAAAUUCUGGACCCUCUAGGCCGAGGCAAGGGCGGCCACCACCGUCGCCUAUACGGUUCCCUCCGUCUCCCGUAAGAUAUCCUUCACCUCCCCGUAGAAACGCUCAACCUGAUCGAAAUAAGGAUCAAGGGCGUACAGGGGAAAGACAAGAAAACAGGGAGACAUUCCGAGAGCGGAGAGGCGCACCAUCUGAGAGAAGUCAGACGUCUCGGUCUCGCACUGCGGAGACGAGGCGACGUGGGAAGAAUCCACCACGAAAUGACCGAUCAAUGAGUUUUACCAGUGACGAGUCCGGAGAGACCAGAUCCGUCAGUAAACACGACCGAGGUCGCAAAAAUACGGGAAGUCGCAAGAAUCAUCCUGACCUGCGGAAUCAUCUAAAUCAGAGCAGGGGGAAGGGAGAUCGGACAAAUCCGGACCUAAGGAAUCACCUAAAUGGGCGUAGAGAUCCCUCACGGAGACGCGAGCCUGGGAUCAUAAUCAAUGACUGUCAGUUCCAGACACCACCUAAGGACCCAGUCCAAGAAAGGAUCGAUCAGCUCGAAAAAGCCUUUAGGCUUUUAAAGAAUGAACGAGGGAAUGGUCGAUACGAGGACUCUGAUGAGGAGCUCGAGCCGUUUGCUCCUAAUAUUUCCAACACUCAGUUUCCUCAAGGGUUCUGGAUUCCUCACGUCCCAGCGUUUGAAGGAAAAACCGACCCAUGCAGCCACUUAAGUACAUUCAACACUAUUAUGAGAGCUAGUAACGUGGGUUACGAGCUCAGGUGCAUGUUGUUUCCGACAUCAUUGGCCGGACCUGCCAAGAGUUGGUUCGAGAAGUACAAGAGACACUCGAUAACUUCAUGGGAUCAGUUGUCUAGAGACUUCAAGAAGCAGUUCCGAGCUAUGAUGGGAGUCAGACCAGAGGCAUCCACUUUGACUAACGUCCGACAACAGCCGGGCGAAACACUGAAAAGCUACCUGACAAGAUUUAAUCUAGAGGUCGCCCGAGCUCGAGAUGUGGAUGACAGUGGGCACCUGAUGGCUAUCCGAGCUGGUGUGUUACCCGAAAGCGCCCUUUGGGAUGACAUGCAAGGGAAACCGGUGAGGUCAAUAAUCGAGUUUAACAGACGGGCGCAGAGAUUUGUCAAUGUAGAGGAGGCGAGGUCAACGCUCAAGGCGACCUCGCAGACCAAAACUACAACGAUAAACAUUAACUCCACCUCAACCUCGGCUGACCCAGCAGCUCCACAGCCUACCUCGGAGAAUCCCUCCAAGAGGAAAAAGAGCGAGGGAAAUAACCCCGAGGCUGAAGGAGGAAAGAAGAAGAAAGGAGAAAGGUAUUUCUCUGUAUAUAAAGUGCACACCGAGCUCAACGAGUCUCGGGAAAACAUAUACCUGGCUAAUGAAAACCAGGUCCCCUUCAGGCGUCCGGACCCAAUGAGGAAUCAAAAGUCCAAAAGGGAUUCCAGCAAAUAUUGCCGGUUCCAUAGAGACACCGGACACACAACUGAUGAGUGCCGACAGUUGAAGGAUGAGAUCGAAGGGUUGAUCUCGAGAGGUUAUUUCAGGCAGUAUGUCAAAAACCAGAGUACUGGACAGACUACUGCAAGCCAGAGAAUAGCCGCACCUUCGGCGGCACAGAAUAAUAACUCCCGAUCUCGGGAAGAAGACAGGCCCCCGCCGAUAGAUGGAGAGGACGUAAUAACCAUCUCGGGAGGUCCUCAUCUCGCAGGAGAGGGUAGAAAUGCUCAAAAGCGAUAUGUGAAUGAGCUGAAGACAGGGGACGGGUCUCCUUAUGAACCCGAACCAAGGGCACCAAAAAGCCAAAGAGUUGAAACUCAACCUAUAACCUUCACCGAGGAAGAUGCCUCUCAUGUCCAGUUCCCUCAUCAUGAUCCAUUAGUCAUCACCCUGCAGCUUGCCAACAAAAGAGUGCGCCGAGUUCUCAUAGACAAUGGGAGCUCAGUUAACAUUCUUUAUAAAGCAACACUAGAGAAAAUGGGACUCUCCCUUCGCGACCUGAAGGCUUGUGCAACCACUUUGUACGGCUUUUCUGGAGAAGGAACCGCCUGUAUGGGGUCCAUCGAACUCCUUGUGACCUCGGGAGACUAUCCAGUCUCGGUGACCAAGAUGAUGGAGUUCGUGGUAGUAGAGUUACCAUCUGCCUACAAUGUACUGCUCGGGAGACCCGCCCUGGUCGGGCUGGGGGCAGUUUCAUCUGUAAGGCAUCUAGCCCUUAAGUUCCCAACUCCGAGCGGGGUCGGAACAUUGAAAGGAGAUCAAUUGGCAGGGAGAGAGUGUUACAACAUCUCUUUGAGGGGAAAGAAACAAAUGAGCGCUCAAGCACUCGUUAUCAUACAAAAUAAGGAUGGGACGGUUUUAGAAAUUGACGAGGAAAUCGAUCCAAGGAUUGAGGAGAAAGUUGACCUCGAACCAUUGGAAGAGCUCGAAGAAGUUCAGCUCGACGAAGCUGAACCCUUGAAGAAGGUAAAGGUCGGAAAACACCUCCAAGACGAGGCAAAAUAG